GAGGAAACGAAACUCAACAUUCGAAACCAAAGCAACCCACGUUGAAGCUGUUCUCCCGUUCAGGAGAAAAAUAAAACGCAUUUUGGAACAAAAAGUCUGACAGUAAGAACAAGAAUGGCCUGUGCUAACACUUCCUGGUCUGAAGAGAACUUUUCAUGUUCCAUCUGUCUGGAUGUGUUCAACAGUCCAGUUACCACCACAUGUGGACACAACUUCUGCCGAACCUGUAUUACAAAGUUCUGGGAUGGACAAGUCAAGUACAAAUGUCCUGUUUGCAACAAGCUUUUCAACACAAGACCUGAUCUACAGGUCAAUACCUUCUUAUCAGAGCUUUUAGCUCAGUUUAGAACGUCCGUAGGUGUAAAAGGGCAGCCUUGUGUUGAACCAGGAGAAGUUCCCUGUGACGUCUGUACUGGGACCCAGCUGAAGGCUGUGAAGUCCUGCCUAGUGUGUUUUACCUCUUACUGCCAAACCCACCUGGAGCCACAUCAGAGAGUCGCUCGCCUGCAGAAACAUCGGCUGGUCGAGCCUAUGGACCGUCUGGAAGACAGGAUGUGUAAGAAACACGACCGACUUCUGGAGCUCUUCUGCCAGACUGAACAGGUGUGUGUGUGUCUGUUGUGCACAGAGGCAGACCACAAGUCCCAUCCUGUUGUACCUCUAAAGGAGGAAUAUGAAGUGAAGACGGCCCAGCUGGGGAAGAGAGGGGCUGAAGCUCCGCAGAUGAUCCAGGAGAGAAAACAAAAGAUUAAGGAGAUCAAAGACACAGUGAAACUGAGCAACAAAGACGCAGACAGAGAGAUAGCCCAUGGUGGGCAGGUCUUCACUGCUCUGAUAGGCUGUGUUGAAAAGGGCCGGGAUGAAUUCAACCAAUCGGUUAAAGAGAAACUGAAAUCCACAGUGAAACGAGCUGAAGACCUCAUCAAAGAGCUGGAGCAGGAAAUAGAAGACCUGACCAAUAGAAGCUCAAAGGUGAAGCGGCUCUCACACACUGAAGACCACCUCCACUUCCUCCAGACCUUCAGAUCCCUGAAGGAUCCUCCACCCACCAGGGACUGGACCACGGUGGAGGUCCGUCCUCCGUCAUACGUAGGGACCUUGAGGAGAUCCCUGGAUCAGCUGGAGGAGACACUGAACAUGAAGAUGAAGAAGCUGCCUGAUGAUGCUGAACUGAAGAGGGUCCAGCAGUAUGAAGUAGAUGUGACUCUGGAUCCUGAUACAGCUCAUCCCUGGCUCAUCCUGUCAGAGGAUGGGAAACAAGUACAUGAUGGAGGUGUGAGGAAGAAACUCCCACGCAACCCUAAGAGAUUUAAAUACUAUACAUCUGUUCUCACAAGGCAGAGCUUCUCCUCAGGGAGAUUUUACUUUGAGGUCCAGGUUAAAGACAAGACUGACUGGUGGUUAGGAGUGGCCAGAGAGUCCAUCGACAGAAAAGGUGAGACAGAGCAGACCCCUGAGACGGGUUACUGGACUCUUUACUACGACGAGGAUGGGUUGGUAUUUAAUGAUGACCCUGAUGUUGAUCUCCCUCUGAGAGCUGAGCUCCAGAAGGUGGGGGUGUUUGUUGAUUAUGAUGAGGGUCUGGUCUCCUUCUAUGAUGUGGAAGCCAGGGUUCAUAUCUACUCUGCUACUGGCUGCACCUUCACUGAGCCUCUCUAUCCAUUCCUCAGUCCACAUUUACAUAAAGAAGGUACAAACUCUGCCCCCCUGAUCAUCUCACCUGUCAAUCAAACAGACUAGGACCUUUGUUUGAUAAUAAAAUAAUCAAACGACCAAAACAACUAAUGUUGUUGUUUCCUGAAUUAGAAUAGAAUUAGAAUCUCUACUAUGUCAGAUCUGAGAAAUCUGCUUUAAUGUCAUACUGCUGUCAUUUAACGAGGAGAAUAUUUGUAAGAAUUAACCCUGUAUGUGUAAUUUAACCCUUUAUAAAGGGUUAUAUUACACUCCAUUUAUGUGUCAGUUUUCCCUUUAUUUAUUUUACGCUUAAAGAUAUAAAAGAUUAAAGAUAUAAUAUUUGUUGCAGUUAUGUAGAACAUGUUUAGAGGAUUAACAAGUAUAAAUAUUAUGAUUUUUUUUAACAUUUCUAUUGGUUUUAACUUCUGAAUAUUGAACGACAAAAAAAUUCAAUGUUCUUACACUUGGGAUUUUAAUAAAUAGAAAAGGCAAAUAUUGUAAUGUGUAGGCCUGCAUUAUCAUUGUAAUGGAUAUUUCAGGGGAAUAGAUACAUUCCAGUCAAAUGUGUUCAGCAUAAAUACUGUUUCUAUAAAAACAUGUGUAAUACAAAAAAUAAAAUAGUUUAUUUCUAAAACCCUUA